CACAGAAAUCCGUAGCAGUUCUGCAAAGUUCCUCUUGUACAGACAGCACAAUGAGUCUGGAUAAAGCAGAGCUCUGUGAUUCUUUACUCAGCUGGCUACAGACUUUUCAAGUGCCCUCAUGUUCCAGCAAGUACGACCUCACCAAUGGAGUGGCCAUAGCUCACGUACUGCACAAAAUAGACCCGUCCUGGUUUAAUGAGACGUGGCUUGGCAGAAUCAAGGAGGAGAGUGGAACCAACUGGCGUUUAAAGGUCAGCAACCUGAAGAAGAUUCUCCAGAGCAUGAUGGAGUAUUACCACGAUGUGCUUGGUCAGCAGGUGUCAGAUGAGCAUUUGCCAGAUGUGAGUCUUAUUGGGGAAAUGGGAGACGUGACUGAACUGGGCAGACUGGUGCAGCUGGUGCUGGGCUGUGCCGUCAGCUGUGAGAAAAAGCAAGAACACAUCCAGCAGAUAAUGACAUUGGAGGAGUCAGUCCAGCAUGUGGUCAUGACAGCCAUUCAGGAGCUGCUGAGCAAAGAGCCAGUGGAAUCAGGAAGCCCUGACACAUAUGGAGAUUUUGACUAUCAGUCGAGGAAGUAUUAUUUCCUCAGUGAAGAGGUGGACGAGAAAGAGGACAUCUCACAGCGCUGUCGAGACCUGCAGCACCAGGUGGCUGUACUGAUGGACGAGAGGGCAGCGUUGCAGGCAGAAACGCAGUCUCUGAAGGAGCGACUGAGCCGUGGGGAGCAGCAGGACGCCUCCACCACCAUCACAGGGAAGAAACUGCUGCUGCUGCAGAGCCAGCUGGAGCAGCUGCAGGAGGAGAACUUCAGGCUGGAGAGCCAGAGGGACGACCUGCGUAUCCGUGGAGAGAUGCUGGAGAGAGAGGUCGGAGACCUGCACCAGCGGAACGAGGAGCUGACCAGCCUCGCUCAGGAGGCCCAGACGCUCAAAGACGAGAUGGACAUCCUCAGGCACUCUUCAGAUCGUGUUGUGCGGUUGGAGGCGCUGGUGGACACGUAUAAGCGUAAGUUGGAGGAUUUGGGAGAUCUGCGGAGACAGGUGCGUCUCCUCGAGGAGCGAAACACUGUCUACAUGCAGCGCACUUGCGAAUUGGAGGAGGAGCUUCGCAGAGCCAACACUGUCCGCACCCAACUCGACUCCUACAAGAGACAGGUUCAUGAGCUGGAUGCCAAACAUUCAUCAGAAGCCAUGAAGGCAGAAAAAUGGCAGUUUGAGUACAAAAACCUCAAUGAUAAAUAUGAGGCCCUGCUCAAGGAGAAGGAGCGGUUGAUUGCAGAGAGGGACACACUGCGUGAGACAAAUGAUGAGCUACGCUGUGCUCAGGUCCAGCAGAACUGCCUCAGUCAGGCAGGUGAGUGUGUUACACCUUCACCAACACCGGUGGGAAACCUGGCGUCUGAGAUCAUGCCCACUGAGUUUAAAGAGACAGUGGUGCGUUUGCAGAGUGAGAAUAAGAUGCUGUGUGCUCAGGAGGAGAGUUACAGACAGAGACUCGCGGAGCUACAGACGCAGUUGGAGGAGUCACAGCGCAGUCAGAACACGCUGGAGACCCAAAACAGGCUAAAUCAGCAGCAGAUUUCAGAGUUGCGGUUGCAGAUUGAGGAUCUUCAGAAAGCCCUACAGGAGCAGGGCAGCAAGACGGAGGAUGCUAUAUCUUCUUUACUGAAGAAAAAACUGGAGGAGCAUCUGGAGAAGCUACAUGAAGCUCACUCUGACCUGCAGAAGAAGAGAGAGGUUAUAGAUGACCUGGAGCCCAGUGUGGACAGUAACAUGGCCAAGAAAAUUGAUGAGCUACAAGGGAUACUGAAGAAAAAAGAUGAGGAUAUGAAGCAGAUGGAGGAGCGUUAUAAACGUUAUAUGGAGAAGGCUCGGACGGUGAUAAAGACUCUGGAUCCAAAGCAGAAAACUCACAAUGAAGCACCAGAGGUUCAGGCUCUGAAGAACCAGCUGUCUGAGCGGGACAGAAAAAUCCAGCACCUUGAGAAAGAUUUUGAGAAGAGCAAAUCCAGACAUGAUCAAGAGGAGAAGCUUAUUAUCAGUGCCUGGUACAACAUGGGCAUGGCGCUGCAUCAGAAGGUGGCAGGGGAGAGGUCUGGGUCUCAGGCCCAGUCCUUCCUGGCCCAGCAGAGACAGUCCACUCAGGCCAGGAGGGGCCUUGGUGCUCGCCUGCAGCCCAGAUGAAACACAUACGCACUCAGAGAGAGCAGGCCACCCUGAUACUGCCCACUCCCAUGUCCCCUUGAUGCCUUAACUAGAAUUUUCUCUCCGUUCUGGACAACUGAAUGACUACUGACCUCUUGUGGUCAAGGCUGGUAAAUGUUCUAAAUUCAAAGACUACUCUCUAAGACUGAUGUUUGUGGGCAAGAGAGAGGGAAAGAAAAAUGAAGAGGUCUUUCAGAGAGAGAAGAGGAGCUCGGUCUUACUGUGGAUUGACAGAUUGCGGUGGAAGAAAAGACAUGUUCACAUUUCACUAGAAAUGUACCUCGUUUGAUCCCUCUGUGGUGAUCCCUGUAUGCAUAUUUUUCAUUAGUGUCGUGAAGGAUAUUUCUGAAGAACAAGG